AUGGAGAGGAAGUUUGCAGUGGUGCGGUGGAGUGAAGGGGAGGAUUAUGGGAAGCUCAGUGACAUAAAAACCGAUGCCAUAAAGGGGUAUCAUGAUUCCAAGAUGGACCAGGAUGGGAAUCCCUUUGCCACCUACUCAGCCGUUAUUGAAUGGCGCCAUGGGAGGAAGCAACGAGGAGGCUGGCCUCACUACAGAGGCACUGUCAUUUUUGUUAGUGCUACUCGUUUUGAGACAAUAUGUAAACUGAACUCACUGCUGAAGGAAGAAGAACCUACAGAGCUGACAAAGAGGGCCUCAGUGGCCCCCCAAAAUAAUGGGGAUGAUUCAGAUUGCUCAACUGAUCUUGAGACUGAGUCUCAGCAAGUAAAGAAGUCAAAGGCUCCCAGGAGGACAGACCCUGCAGAAGAGUUUCUUAAGCAAUACGGUCAAUCACAGCCUUCUUCAGAUAAUCACAACAGUCCGACUCAGACUGUGGUUGAAUUAAAGCAGGAGAUCAAGGACCUGAAAGCAGAGAACGCAAAGUUGAAGGAGACUGUUUUUCAAGGUAUCAUUGAUUCAUAUCAAACAUUGAACCAUCAGACAAAUGUGCCAGGACUCUUACUGAGCUUGAGGAGUAUAAUCGAUUCGGCUGCAAGCCCUAAGAGAUCCAGGGCGGAGCCCACCACACCAUUACUGGCCCUUCCAGCCUCUCCACAGUCCAGGUCCAGUUCUCCAUGUGCCACUUCACUGUCCCUCCCCAGAUCUACGCUUUCCAGUUCCACAUCUGCGUCUCCAUCACUGACUGCCUCCCAGUCUUCUAAGGUCGAGAUCCAUCCUGGGAGCGGAGUCAUGGUUGAGAAACUGGCGUGGGCCUAUGCCCUCAAUGCCAAUUCAGCGACAGUCUUUGUGAGGCAUCUGCUCACUGCAAUCUUCAGGGGAACAAACGAGGCGGAGGAGAGGCUCGUCUACCAUUAGAUAAAAAUAAAUUGGAUGCC